UUUCCUGCUUGCUCAAAGCAAAAAUAACGGCUCUAGUUCACCAGGGCACAUUGUUGUCAGGUGUUGUUUUUUUUUUUUAAGGGAAAUUAUUAUGAAGCAUAAUAAAAGCCAGAGUACAUUCUCCUUGACCUCAUAUAAAUUUUCAAUACUUACAUCCCUAUUUUAUGUAUCUUCCCUUCCUUUCGAGUGUUCAUACCUAUUCAGCCUGUAAGCACGGCUUCUUCCUUUACCGUAAGUCAGCAUAUUGUUUUAUGGCUGCCUCUUCCCUCUGCGGUUUUGUGCCGCUUCCUUUUUUUGCUGUUGAUGUGCUUUGAACAUGCGCUAUGUCCAGUUCGAUCAAAUGUGUUGAUCUGAUUGUCAUUAAGCCCUGCCCACUUCCAAUGCUUUAUUUAUACCACGAAACCCCUCGUUGCUUCCUUGAGCCGUUACUGUCUGCCUAGGUAACAACAUGGAACAGGAGACUUUUCUUAAUGGGGGUGUCGCCUUGUUUCACACUGUGGUCGAAGGCAAGCAUUGUUAUGAAGUGGAGAAAGUGUUGACGAAUAAGCCCAGUGCUUUUGGCAGUAAAGGGGACAAGCUGAUGAUGAUAAACGAUAUCCAAACUGAGCAUUUGCCUCCGAAGCAAUUAAUCAGGAUGCUGAGCUCAGGGUGUCCUCUCCUGACUUUGCACCAGGCGUGUGUUGACGACACCGAAAUUAAAUGCCCGGAGUAUGAAAGAAUGAAACCCUAUCACAAGGAAGAUGCAGAGUUAUCCUUCAGUCUAGACAUGGUUCGAGAAAAAUGUCUGGAUGAAGAUGAAAAAAAUCCGCGGAUGCCGGAAGAAUGGGAGUGCAACGAUAGGGCAUUCGAUUCAUGCAAUGACGAGAAAAUGCUGAUCGUGUCGAUGAUGAACACGAGUAUAGCGAUUGUGCAAGCGAGAGGAUGCGAUGCCCUUUCCCCCUGCAGAUGUGGCAACACAAAUUGCACCUUCAGCGACGUUAUCAUGGCCACCCAGCAGAGUGCGAUCACAUCAGUUUGCAGAGAAUAUAUGAAAAAACGUUUCGAAAGAGGUCAUGUUUUCAUUCAGAGUUUGCUGCAGAAAAGCAUCUGCAUGGAAAACAUCUCACGUCCGACAAAAGAAAUCCCUUGUUUGACUGAUUCCACCACAGCGAACAUAACCAUCUUCUACUACAUGUCAAACGCGCUAGACGAUUUUGACAAAGGUGUUCCUGUUGUUCUGAACUUCAGCGGCUCCACCAACUUUCUCAAAUGUAUGCGCUUGAAUGACCGCCCGGUUUUGACUGUCGAGUGCUGUGAGAAAAACAAGCUGCAGGUUAUCUGUAAGGAUGACCCAAAAACAUGGCCUUUUGUCUUCUACCUGAAGAGUACAAAGGACAACCACCGCCGAUUCGAGUCGGCCUCGUGCAACGGUUGGUUCAUCCACACGAAACCUUCUGGCUUGGUGUGCGUGGACCAAGGAUCAAAUUAUACAGAAAGUAACUUCUACAUCAUUAUCCACUUAGAAAAUAAAUAAAAACAUUUUGUAAACAUUUGAACCCAUUUACUUGGGUUGUUGGGGUUACAGCAACAAGAUAUUUGAAAUCUAUUAACGGUAUGAAUUUAUUAUUAUCAGCAUAAACAAACCAUCCGAAAAAAAUAAUCCAUCCGAAUAUGAUUUAAAAUGUUAUUAGUUACACUAGAACUAGUUGUAGUUCUCUAAUUAAAGUCUUGGAUAUACAGAGUGGGGAAUAAGAACACUUUUAUUUAUUUUUUAUUCAACACCGUUCCAGUCCAGCAAUUCACAUGAGAUUUUGACCUGACAUUCAAAUCAAUUGAAGAAAUCUGCACAGAUAAAAAAAAUCCAAAUUUUACAAUCCACAAACAAUUUUUAACAAAGUGAAAAAGCGUAUUGAAGACCGUAAGAAAAAGCAGUCCACCAAGUACUUUCAUUAGGCUGUUGUUCCUCCUACUAGCGCAAAUUACAAACAGCUAAGUUAGUGCAUGUUGAAAGGUUAGAAAAAAACCACCCUUAUCCAUUUCUGAAUCCAAAUGUACAAACGUCUCAUGAUGGGUAGAGGCAACAGGUUCUCACAAGACCUUCGCACUAUAUUUGCACUAUAUAAGAACAGCAGGUACAGUUCACCCCAGAAGGCAUGUUCCAGAUGUUGGUCAAACCAGAUUCUACAUGCCUAUUUAUAAAAAAUAAAAAGAUAAGUAAUAAUGAUAAUAAAAAAAAAUGUUUUAUAUCAAUUUCCCCCCUAAUAUGGUGCAUUUCUGAUUCCGGUGCUGAUGAGCAACUUUUAACUGCAGUAUUGAGUAAAUGUGUAUCAAAUAUUAAAAUUUUUGGUUCCUAUAUUUUUUAUAAUUUUUAAAAUCAUGUGUGCUCUUAUUUUGUAUUGAAUGUAUAAUAUUAAUAGUAUAUUCUGUGUGUUUUAUUACAGUUUGUACUGAUAUCACAGUAUAAUGCUAGUAUAGUUCUCUAUAAUACUAUGGAAUGUUCACAAUACAGAAAAAGAAUUGAAAUUAAUGUAUUUUAUUAUACGUUUAUACGCCAGUAUUUAGCUUACUUACUGUAUAUUUUUAAAAUUUGCAUUUGUCAUGUUACUGAAACUUCCUUUGCUAACGCCUUAACAUACAUGCAUGUAAUAGUCAAUAAAAGCAAUUUCUGAAAAGCA